UCGCAUGCGGACAGUUUUUCCAAAGGGGGAUCCAGAAGCAAACCUUCCCCCGACCAAAUCGGACUAGCCCUAGAAACACACACAUAGAUCGCGUGUAACUUUAACCACCACUUUAUAUACAUUCAUUACAGUCGGGGAUCAGGAGCAGGAUGCGGAAGGUGCAGGUCCUGGUUCAGACGCGCGACGGCCGGAAGACCGUCUACGAGGUGGAUCGCUAUGAAACCGUGGGCAAUCUGAAGACCCGGAUCGGGAGCGCCAUGUCCGUGCCCAUGGGCUUCAGUCGGCUGUCGUACAAGGGUCGCGUGCUGGCCAAUCAGAGCAUACUGGAGAACAUCGGCACCAAUAAGAUGUCCACCCUGGAUCUCAGCUGGAAGCCGAUCGUCCUGACGCCCAAUCAAGUGAGCGAAAAGGAGGGCGAGUUCGGCAAGGUCGAGGGCUAUGGCCAGAUGAUCAAAGCCGCUGUUUUGAUGCAGACUCUUGGCAGUUUGCAGAACGCGGAUGCUGCCAUCGGUGGCUUGCACAAUCCAACGGACGCCUCCAGUCCCCGAAACUUCAACGCGGACGACGAUGAUUAUCUGGAGGACCAGGACCAAAACUGCGCAUCUUCCGAUGGACUCGAAUUCUUAUCCAUUCAAAAGCCGCUGGAGCGGAUUGCACCAUUGGAUCCCCUGGAUCCUCUGGAUCUGUCCAAGGAGCUGGAGAACUGUGCGCCAUCCAAGGCUGCCGUUCACAAGAAGAAGGCCAAGAAGAAUCGCAAGAAGAAGUAGAGUGUUGUUUGUUUUCUGGAAUUCAACGGCUUUUGUAUCCAUUCCAAUUCGAAAUUCCUUCAAUCCGCCCGAUUUUCAGCCUUUGAUUUGAAAUCCAAAUUUGCGUUACAAGCUAAAAUAAUAAACCUUCCAUCCCACGAAUUCGUCACUCAAUUUCAGCCAUGAUUGAGUCCAUAUUUAAUGCGUAGAAUGCACAGUUGGAGCGCUAAAUUCUAUAUAUUUUUAAAAUUAAAAUUAACUAA